AUGCUUAUGAAAAUCUUAUUAAUUGUUGGUAUUACUACGCUUGUGACAAUCAUCUCUAUUGGUGUGGGUAUUCUUAUUGGUCACUUUGCAAUAGCUAAAUCACAAACAAAUACCUCUUGGAAACAUAAUUAUAUCACUCAACAAGCAAAUCCAGAACAUUAUAAAAAGUUUAUUGAUUCUAUUAAAGCAACUAAUAUUGAAGCAAAUCUUAAAGAUCUUGCUUCACAUCCUCAUAUGGCUGGUUUAGCUGAAGAUUUAGAAAGUGCUCAAACAAUGGAAGAACAAUGGAAACGUGAUGGAUUGCAAGUAACUAAAACAAAAUAUAAUGUUCUUCUUUCUUAUCCAGAUGAUAAUAAACCUAAUCGAAUUACUCUGACAAAUGCUAAUGGAGUUCUCAUUAUGCAAACAACAGGGAUGGAAAAGAGCUAUGAUCCAAAACAACCAAAAACAGUCAAUCCAUUUCUUGCUUAUACACCUAAUGGAACUGUUUCUAGCAGUAAACUAUUCUAUGCUAAUUAUGGUCGCCUCGGAGAUCUUCAUAAAUUAGCAUCAAUAGUUGGCAAUGAAAGUCUUCAAGGUAGUAUUAUCAUUAUGAGAUAUGGUGGUAUCUAUCGUGGAAAUAAAGUCAUGCAUGCUCAAUAUUUUGGAGCUGUAGGUGCUAUAUUGUAUAAUGAUCCAGCUAAUAGUGCUCCAUUUGGAACAUCACCUGAUCAAGUCUAUGACAAAACAUGGUAUAUGCCUCCAACUGGUGCACAACGAGGAUCUUCACGGAUUUCGAAAGGCGAUCCACUCACACCUAUAUAUCCUUCGACUGAUUAUAUGUAUCGAGUGAAAGAAGAGAACAUGAAAUUUCUACCGAAAAUUCCUGCUCAACCAAUCAGUUAUAGUGAAGCUCAAUUGAUUUUUCAAUAUAUGCAAGGUAGUGAAGUGAUAGCAGAUUGGCAUGGAGCUUUAUCAAAUGUAACAUAUCGUUACGGUGGAGAACUUGUGUAUUCAACAGAUGCUUGGAGUUUAGGUGCUGUUGAUUCGAUUAGCGGAACAGCAACUCUACUAGAAAUAACUCGAGUUAUUGGUCAAAUGUAUAAAGAUGGAUUUCGACCACGACGAAGUUUAAUGUUUUGUUCAUGGAGUGCCGAAGAAUAUGGACUCAUAGGUUCAGUAGAAUAUGUUCAAGAAUAUGUUAAAGUAUUGGGAGCUCGAGUUGUUUCUUACUUGAAUAUAGAUGCUCCUGUUCGAGGAAAUUAUACAAUUCAUGUCGGAGCAUCGCCAAUACUAUUUGAUAUCAUUGUUGAAGCUUCAAAAAUGGUUUCAAGUGCAUAUGAUCCUCCUGACCAAACUAUUUACGAUAAAUGGAUGAAAAGCCACUGGAAUAAUGUAACCCAUGAACCAAAAAUUCGAUAUGGCUUAGGAUCAAGCAGUGACUUUUACGCAUUCAACCAAUUAGCUGGUUCAUCAAAUUUUGAUGCAGUAUAUGAAUUUAAUCCAACCGAUCAUGGCAAUAUAGAUAUGUAUCCACUUUAUCAUACAUCCUAUGAAACAUUUUCAAUGGUGAAAAAUUUUAUUGAUCCAGAUUUUACAGCACAUAGAACAAUGGCUCAAUUUAUAGGCGUUUUAGGAUUAAUUCUUUGUGAAACAAAUAUUUUGCCAUUUAAUGUUAUGCGAUAUACGAUGGUAUUUAAACAAUUGUUAAAGAAAACUCAACAAAAUAAUACAGAUUUUUCAAUACUUCAAAAUGCUAUUGAUGAUUUUGAAAAAGCAGCAAAAGAUUUUGUAACUCGUUCUAAAACAUUAAACAUUGAAAAUCCAUAUGAAAUUCGAGCAUAUAAUGAUCAAUUAUUACAACUUGAACGAGCUUUUCUAAAUCCAUUAGGGCAAGGUCUUGAUUAUCCUGAUUAUAAACAUAUCAUUUUUGCACCAGCUAAAACUGAUCAAUAUAGUGCUUCUGGUUUUCCAACUAUUAAUGAUGCACUUGUUGGUAAUAAUCAAAUAGAAAUGAAUCAAGAAAUAGCAAUUGUUGUUUAUUUUAUACGUGGAGCUUUAUCAAUAUUAAAACAAUUUGAUAAAUUUAUGACAUGA